AUGGUCGAACGGCAAAAUGAUGAAGUAGGAACGAUUCCGAAGAGUGUACAUCUUGGAGAAAUCCCUGACUACUACAAUCUGUCUGGUUCAUCGGUGAACGACCUACUCAAUGGAGUUUGCUCAUUGCCGUCGACGUCACCCACUGUCGCACGUCAACGCUUGCGAACCAUCAGUGGCUCAAAAUCUGAACACCAUCUGCUCACAACCAAGUCUGGCAGAAAGAUCUAUACAAAAGGAAGACCGCCUUGGUAUGACAGGAUGGGUAACACACUCAAACAGCCCUACCUCAUUGGCAUUUGUGGCGGCUCUGCCAGUGGUAAGACAACAGUUGCGGAGAAGAUUAUAGAGAAACUAGAAAUCCCAUGGGUGACGAUAAUAAGUAUGGACAGUUUCUACAAGAUUUUGAGCGAAGAGGAAUGCGCACAGGCUGCUAAGUCGAAUUACAACUUCGACCAUCCGAAUGCCUUCGAUUUCGACCUUCUGCAUGAGGUUUUAUCUCGUCUACGUGAAGGAAAGAGUUGCGAAGUGCCAGUGUAUGACUUUACGACUCAUGCUCUUGGUGCACCAAGUGGGCUGAAUGUAUUCUUUUGUAAAAAUUUAGAAAUUGUUGAGGUUUUUGUGGAUACGGAUGGUGACGUGCGUUUGGCGCGUCGCCUUAACAGAGAUAUAAAUGAGCGCGGGCGUGAUAUUGUUGGAGUGUUGGACCAAUAUUUUCGGUUCGUAAAACCUGCAUUCGAAGCGUACAUUGCACCAGGAAUGAAGAUCGCUGAUAUAAUUGUGCCUCGUGGUGGAGACAAUGACGUGGCUAUCAAUCUCAUUGCUAAACAAGUCAUGACGCAACUCGUCAAAAGAGGAUACGAUCAAACUGUUCAUUCUCAAUGCCGACACGAUCUGGUGAAUAUGAGUCAAAUUCCGGACCAAUUACCGGAUAAUCUCGUAAUCAUUAGACAAACUCCACAAGUUCGCGGUCUGCAUACAUUUAUUCGAAAUAAAAACACUAAGAGAGAUGAGAUAAUUUUCUACGCUGAUCGGCUCACGCGAAUACUUGUCGAAGAGGCGAUGAAAUUUAUGCCUUAUAAGGACGUGGAGAUUGAGCUAAACAGUGGUCAGCGAGUAAAAGGACGUCGACAGUGCGCUCAGAUUUGUGGGGUCGCAAUAAUGAGAGCCGGUGAGACAAUGGAAAAUUCACUUAGAGCUGUCGUAAAGGAUUGUAAGAUGGGAAAAAUUCUUAUCCAAACUAAUGAUAAAACUUUGGUGCCUGAAUUAUUCUACCUUCGCCUUCCUAAGGAUAUCGACAAAUACAAAGUGAUGCUUCUUGAUGCUACUGUCGCAACUGGUGCUGCCGCAAUGAUGGCAAUAAGAAUACUUCUUGAUCAUGACGUUCCGGAAGAAAAUAUCUACGUCCUUUCGUUGCUUAUGUCCGAGCCAGGAGUUCAUGCUCUUGCUUAUGCAUUCCCUAAGGUUCGUCUCAUCACAACGGCCGUUGACAGUCACCUUUCUGAUAAUUUUUAUGUUCUUCCCGGAAUGGGAAACUUUGGAGAUCGUUAUUACGGUACAUAUACAAGCGAAACUGAUGGAGAGGAACCGUUUGACUGUUGA